GGGAUUAGGGAUACGAAACGGAGCAUCAUACAUUGGGUUAUUUCAAAGGGAGGAAAAGAGCGAAAGACAGAGAGCGCGCAUCGGAAGUUUUUCGGCGCAAUUUUUUCUAACGAACUGAAACAGCAGCGUUUGAUUACCAAAAAAACAGAACAUAAGCUAAGACCGUUGGAGGACCUUCUCUCUUUCUCUCAUACCUCUGUGAUCGGAUUGAGAGUUGGGAAUUGAGAAAUGAGCUCGACGCCGGGACCGCACUCUUUGACCUUCAGGGUGAUGCGGCUGUGCAGGCCGUCAUUUCAAGUGGAUAGCCCUCUCCGAGUCGACCCGCUCGAUCUCUUCACCGGCGAAGAUUUCUUUGAUGACCCUGUCGCUGCGUCUCAGCUUCCCCGGCUCUGCCCUCAGAGCGGCAGUGGCAAAACUGGGGAACCGGAUCUAACGUAUCGCAACCGAUUUGAGCUUCACAGUCCUACUGAUGCCAUGGGCCUCUCUGGCCUUCUCAUCCUCCCUCAAGCCUUUGGAGCAAUUUAUCUCGGGGAGACCUUUUGCAGUUAUAUCAGCAUCAACAACAGCUCCAAAUUCGAAGUUAGGGACGUUAUAAUUAAGGCAGAAAUUCAAACAGAGCGGCAGCGGUUACUGCUUUUAGACACUACAAAAUCACCUGUUGAAUCAAUACGUACAGGGGGGAGAUAUGAUUUCAUAGUAGAACAUGAUGUGAAGGAACUUGGGGCACACACGCUCGUCUGCACUGCUUUGUACAGUGAUGGUGAUAGUGAGCGGAAAUAUCUUCCGCAAUUUUUCAAGUUUAUUGUUGCAAAUCCACUUUCAGUCAAAACGAAGGUUCGCUCUGUCAAGGAAAGUACUUUUUUGGAGGCUUGCAUUGAAAAUCAUACAAAGUCAAACCUUUUUAUGGACCAAGUUGAGUUUGAACCGGCUCAGCAAUGGAGUGCCACGAUAUUGAAAGCUGAUGAGCAUAGUUCAGAGAUUAACUGUCAAACUAGAGGGAUAUUUAAGCCACCAAUUCUUAUUAGAGCUGGAGGAGGAAUUCAUAAUUUUCUCUAUCAGUUAAGGUUGUCCUCUGCACAAGUGAAGGUUGAUGGAAGUAAUAUCCUUGGUAAAUUUCAAAUAACAUGGCGCACGAACCUGGGUGAACCUGGUCGCCUGCAGACACAACAGAUUCUUGGCAGCCCCAUUGCACAUCAAGAAAUUGAAUUGCAGCUUCUGGAUGUUCCAUCCUUGACUGUCUUGGAGAGAUCCUUUAUGGUAUAUUUGAAGCUAAAAAACCAGACGGAUAGCAAAAGGGGGCCCUUUGAAGUUUGGUUAUCACAUGGUGAUCCACAUGAAGAGAAAGCUGUUAUUGUUAAUGGUGUCCAGAAAUUGGUUUUGCCACAGGUAGAGGCAUUCAGCUCCACAGACUUUGAACUGAACCUGAUUGCUACUGGACUUGGGGUUCAGAAAAUCACAGGAAUCACAGUGUUUGACAUGAAGGAGAAGAAAACUUAUGACCCCUUGCUAGAUUUAGAGAUAUUUGUGGACGGAUAUUGAUUUAUUGGUUGGGUCUGCUUCCUCAGCUUUGGAGUACUAGUCUGCAGAGGCUGAUGUUCACAUCAAACAAUUAUCUGGGUUGAUGAAAAGGGAGGUUUCUCUCUGAAAACUGGAGACGAUUCGCCCCAGGCCAUACAUUAGUCUCUUUGCAAGCAUUGAUCUUGAACUCCAUCAAAACGUUGCAGCAGCUGAAUUUGUUGUAAUUAUGUACUUGUUUUUUUAUUUUUUCCUUUUUUUUCCCCCUUUCAACAGUUUUUUUUUUUUUCAUAGUUGGAAUGUCAAUCGGUAAAUCUGCUACAGUACUUGUUCUGUAUAUAGUUCUGAUUAUUACUUUCUACCCUUGAUUAAUGAUUUUUAUUGCUAAAGCCAUUCUGAAUGCAACAUGAAAUUAUUUGGAAUCA